AUGGCGUUCCAGUACCAGUUGUCUGACCUCCUUGACCACACCACCAUUUCAGCUCCGCCGGUUCGACUGGACCACGGGUGGGCCAGGAGGUGGGUCAGCCGGGCGGGAUCGCACAGGGUUUUUGGAGACGGCACCAACGGUAGCCUGCUGAAGAACAGUGGCCGCCUGCCGAUUGCCAGGGCUGCCGCUGCCUCGUCUGCUGUCUUUGGUUCUGAGUUGAUCGACGGAGUGGUGGCCGCGGAGGCGGAGGUGGGCUGCGAAGUCCAAGAGCUUUCGGUGAUUACUGUGGCCGUGUGGAUUGGGCUCGGCGACCAGGGGCAGGACUUCUUCAGUGACGCCGAGCACCUUCUCGCUGCUGGGCUUUUUGGGAAGCCUGUCUGUUGGACCGCGAGCCUGCGCGGCAACGUCAGCCCCAGCACGCUGGGCGCGUUUGCGCACGGCGCCGUGCACGCUCUGCUGGAUGAUGGUGGCUACUCCGACGGCACUGGGAUCGCACAGGCAGUGGCCGCCGGUGCGAGCGAAGUCGUGACAGUGAUGAACAGCUUCUCGACAAACGACCCCGCUUGUGUGGCACAGCUUUUCCCCAAUUCCACUACGCCGCUGAAGCCUGGCGUGCUUCCGCGAAAUUUGCUCUUUGCGUGCCACGAGAGCUUUUCCCUGUCUUCGUCCCCUGGCACAAGCUAUCCAGCAUGGGUGGAGUUCCCCGCUGCCGCUGCGGUGGAAGCGGCUUUUGGGACUUUCCAGACAUUGCAGCCGGCGCCAGGAAGCACCUAUUUGAAAGUGUUUGCCUUCGGCUCCUUCCAGGCUGUCACCGCCGAGAACCCUUACUUCGGCACCCACCGUGGCCGCACGGUGACCAUCCAUGUCCUGAACAUUGGAGCUGAGUUGCGUCUUUGGCGGGAGCAGAGGCAGAAGCCAGAAUAUGUGAUAGCUUCAGAGCAGGGGAGCCUGAAAGCAAGGAGUUGGCAGCACCGGCUUACACAGGCCCCGAGAUUCAAGACACAGCCAAGGAGCAUUGGCUUCUUCGAGAACUUCGCUCAUUAUGCCAGCCUUAUACAGGAGCCAAAGAGAUCCGUCGGAUUUUGUCGGUUUCCGCCAGCGCCCCGUCUACAGGAGAUCACGCUGACCCUGCGGGCCCCGACAAACAAGGAGCUGGUCCUCUGA